UCGGCAUGGACGCGGCUCACCGAGACCUGCUCAGGAGAAGAAGACUGGACUUAGCGAGCCAGGUUCUGGCCAGCGACACCGUGGUGCAGGUCCUGUACCAGGAGGGUGUGCUGACGGAGAGCCAGUUCGAGGAUAUCGAGUCGCAGGCGACCAACAGGAAGAAGAUGUUGCGGCUGCUCGACAUCCUGCCCGCUCGCGGUCCGCGGGCUUUCGGAGCCUUCCUGCGGUCGCUGGAGGAGUUCAGCUGGGUGAGGGCCGCCUUGCUGCGCGAGCUGGAGUCCGGCGCUGCCGCGGCGCCUCACGGGCCACAAGAUGACUGUCACAUGCCUGAGGGGAUUCUCCAGAGGGUUCCAUCGGACCGUGAGCUGUCCCACCUCGCUUCCCGCCUCGGCCUUGAGUGGGAGUCGGUUCUCCUGGACUUGGGUCUGUCCACGGAGGCGCUGGUCCGCUGUCGUGCCAAUCACAUGUACAACACACACGGGCAGAUACUGGCCGGCCUGGUUCACUGGCGACGGUCUCAAGGAAGGAGCGCCACAAUACGCCGGCUUCUGCAGAGCCUCCAGGCCGCAGACAUUCACCCCUCUAUCCUGGAGGGCGUCCUCCAGUGAUGGUCCACACUGUCCUCCUUCACCCUCCAUACUCUCAUCCCUCACCCUCCAUACUGUCAUCCUUCACCCUCCAUACUGACAUCCCUCACCCUCCAUACUGUCAUCCCUCACCCUCCAUACUGUCAUCCUUCACCCUCCAUACUGACAUCCCUCAGCCUCCAUACUGUCAUCCUUCACUCUCCAUACUGUCAUCCUUCACCCUCCACACUCCACACUGUCAUCCUUCACCCUCCACACUGUCAUCCUUCACCCUCCACACUGUCAUCCCUCACCCUCCAUACUGUCAUCACCUCAGCCUCCAUCUGUAAUCAAAGGCUGAGACGUGUUGCCAGCUAUACACUUUGAACUCGUUAAUACAAAUGGAAGUGUUUCCUGUGUCUUGUGUGAUUCUCUCAUUUUCAGACAAAGUGGUGUAUGUCCCUUGUCCUCCUCUUCUGUUAUGAAAGAGGCAGCAGAUCUGUUUUUGGUUCAUGUGAGUAAAGAAAUUCUAGAUCCUAGCCCAUUUUCCAUGCCUGUCUGACAGGUUGCAGCGCUGCCUCCCAUAUCUCCAGGACCCGCACGCCUCCAGGACCUAGAGGCAGGCAGGGAAGACUGUUGCCGACCCCUUCCACCCUGGACACCACCUUUUUGAGACUCUGCCCUCUGGAAAGAGGCCGA